CAAUCACUCAAACACAAACUCAAUCACAAACACCACUCACUUUGAGUCAAUUCAUCACUUUCAAACAAUUCGAGGGUCCAAAAAAAAUGAAUGAAGAAAAACAUACACCCAGCCGGAGCACCGUUUAUGCCUCGAAUUUACCAUUUUCCCUCACAAACAACGAUAUUCAUAAAAUAUUUGAAAAAUAUGGAAGAAUUAUUAAAGUCACUACAAUGUGCGACAAAAACACAAGAAAAUCCAAAGGAGUGUCUUUUAUUCACUUUUUAAAAAUCCAAGACGCACAAACUUGUGUGGAUGAACUCAAUGAAACAGAGCUCUUUGGAAGGACAAUCAAAGCGAGCAUAGCCAAAGACAAUGGACGUGGUACAGAGUUUGUAAAAAGACGAGAAUACACAGACAAAACGAGAUGCUAUCAAUGCGGCGAAUUCGGUCACUUGAGUUAUAAAUGCACACAGAACGUUCUGGGAGAACGAGUUCCUCAGAAGCCUUCUAAUCGGAAGGAACGUACUUACCGCCUCCGUCGACACAGUGAAACCCAAGUUUACCACCAGAUUGAAGAGGAUGAACCUACGACAACUGUGCAAUUCUGUGAACAAUCUUCAAUCAUUGUCAAAAGAAAGCGAUUCAAAAAAGAUUCUUAUUUCAGUGACGAGGAAGAAGUUGAAGAGAAUGAAUGAAAUAUACAAAAGUUUUUUGCUUUCGAAACUACAAUCUUUUCUUUUAUUUAUUUUUAAAUGCUUAAAAAAAAAAAAAGUUGAAAAAACAAGGAAAUGUCAGAACGUGAACAACUUUUCGCCCGGAACUCACAAUAGGGGAAAAUUGAAUUUCAAUUUUUCCGGGUGAAAUCUUGUUCACGUGAAACUCACAAUAGGGCUGAUUAAAAUCAUACAAGAUUUUUUGAGAGCUUAGAUUUUUGUAUGGAAAUUCAAAACAAUAAAAGAUCUUGUCGAAUAGGCCCACUGUUCCUACAAAGAGAUUAAAAAAAGAUUCAUAUUUUAGCGACGAGAAAGAUAUCGAGGAAAAUGAAUGAAAUGAAAAAUACAAAAGUUUUUUGCCUUCGCGAAA